UCAAAAUUGAAGAAAGGGAUCAGGGGCAGAUGUGCAAUUUGCUUCAUAUCUUGGGAAUAUCCUCCCUACUUCAUUUGAUCCUUUCCCAGUUUCCCUCAAGAACGAAAUAGGGAAGUCGUGGGCUCCCCGCUCCCAUCUCUUCCACUCUCUCUCUCACUGAAACGAAGCACACUCUCCAGUCUCCACUGAGGAGCCUUUGAAUCUCUCUCUGCACUUUCUUCACAAGGGUUUGAAUAUUCGGGGUAACCGGCAGUUGUCAUGGCGCAUUUGCUCUCUACUUCUUGUUUGGAUAUUUAUGUUAACCACAAGCUUCAUUGCAAGCCCUUUAACAGAGGCUCAGUUCUUAUGCCUAAAUCCGUUCGACUGAAAAUUUCAAGCUCACCAAAAGAGAUUGUCUUGCGAGGGAAACAGUCAAACAGGUACACCAUCCGUGCUAAGGCUGUUUCCUUGGGCCAAGAAAGCAAAACCGACCAAACUACGGGUGAUGCCGCCUCGAGGAGAAAGAAAGUCAUGGUCAUUGGCGGUGAUGGCUAUUGUGGCUGGGCUACUGCUCUCCACCUGUCCAACAAAAAUUACGAAGUUGCCAUUGUUGACAACCUCGUUCGUCGCCUUUUUGACCACCAGCUUGGUCUCGACUCUCUCACGCCCAUUUCGUCCAUCCACAACCGCGUAAGGCGCUGGAAAUCUCUCACCGGAAAGGACAUUCAACUCUUUGUUGGCGACAUUUGUGAUUUCGAGUUCUUGGCGGAAGCCUUCAUGUCGUUUGAACCCGAUGCUGUUGUCCACUUCGGAGAACAAAGGUCUGCUCCUUAUUCAAUGAUCGAUAGGUCCCGAGCUGUAUUCACUCAGCAUAAUAAUGUGAUAGGGACACUUAAUGUUCUGUUUGCGAUAAAGGAGUUUAGAGAAGAUUGCCAUCUGGUGAAACUCGGGACAAUGGGAGAAUACGGUACCCCAAACAUAGACAUUGAGGAGGGUUAUAUAACAAUUACACACAAUGGAAGAACGGAUACUCUGCCCUACCCCAAACAAGCGAGUUCCUUCUAUCAUUUGAGCAAGGUCCAUGAUUCCCAUAACAUCGCAUUUACUUGCAAGGCAUGGGGGAUCAGAGCCACUGAUCUGAACCAGGGAGUUGUCUAUGGGGUGAGAACUGAUGAAACCACAAUGCACGAGGAGCUGGUUAACAGAUUUGAUUAUGAUGGAGUAUUUGGGACUGCGUUGAAUCGUUUCUGUGUUCAGGCAGCUGUUGGCCAUCCUCUCACUGUCUACGGCAAAGGAGGGCAGACCAGAGGAUACCUGGAUAUUAGAGACACAGUGCAGUGUGUUGAGCUUGCAAUUGCCAAUCCAGCAAAGCGAGGAGAGUUUCGGGUUUUCAAUCAAUUCACGGAGCAAUUUUCUGUGAACGAGCUCGCAGCCCUUGUAACCAAGGCUGGAGAGAAACUCGGGCUUGAGGUGAAAACCAUAUCCGUUCCCAACCCGAGAGUAGAGGCAGAGGAACAUUACUACAAUGCCAAACACACUAAACUUAUCGAGUUGGGACUAGAACCGCACCUCCUAUCGGACUCCCUUCUUGACUCGCUUUUAAACUUUGUCGUCCAAUUCAAAGAUCGCAUCGACACAAAGCAGAUAAUGCCAAGUGUUUCCUGGAGAAAAAUUGGGGUGAAGCCAAAGACUGUUGCAGCUUAAUAAAGUUGGGAGUUUUUCACCGUUUACAUUAGAAAUUAUAUACUGUACUUUCACUGAAACUUAGAUGCUUUUCAAGCAUUUAUGUCAUCUAUAGUAUAUAUUUGUUGUAUCUGGCUCCUUUAGCUGCAAAAUUUUCUAGGACAAUCAGGUCUUUUGGCAAACCUCUUCCUUUUUUGGGCCUUUGGUGGCCCAGUGGUCCUAGUGAAUGUAGUAUGUGUUAUGGUUGAUUUAUUGUUUCAAUUAUCACUUCUCUAAUAUUGUCUG